AUGACGUCGUCUGGCGUCCCGCAUGCCCAGGACUACUUGGACGAGACAGUUACGGCUCAUGUAGCGCGAAACCCAUUGCUUUCGCCGAGUACGGUGGAGAAACAGCUGCUUUCACGCCAGGGCGCGCUGCACAAAUGGCUGGCCGACUCUCCUACCGCUCAUCGUGCGCGUCAUUGGAACUGGCACCGCGGCGCUGUAGAUCCCAACAAUGCGCCACCAAGUGCGGACGAAUUGAAUUAUGUAUGUGAACAUUUUGGCUAUGCCAUGGAUGGCGACGAGCGGCCCAGUGAGCUUUAUUUACAGAUGCUGGCGGACGCUAUGCUACCGCUGCCGGCACAUCCCCUGUACGGUGUCGUCUCGCCGCAGCUGCUUGCUACCACAGGCACGGUGCCUGUAUCGAUUCUAUCUACGGGCCCUGACAUUAUCCAGCACUACUAUGAGUGCAUUGUAGCUGCGAAGGAAGAGGUCAUUUUACUGACCAACUACUGGCAGCUCGGCAAAAACGUCUCCAAAAUUUCGGAUGCGAUCCGCGAGUUGGAUCGCAAGGCUGCUGAAGCAGAGUCUACGAUCAUUGUAAAGAUCAUGUGGGAUCGUGGACCACGCUCCGUCGCCGACCUCUUUCGUGCACGAACACCGGUCGAGCCCAACAAAUGGGAAGAAAAUGGACUGCCUACACCGCAGGAAGUACCGCAUCUACGGAUGGAAAUUUUGAACUACCACCGCCCGAUUAUGGGCACAUUCCAUGCCAAGUUGCUGCUCGUGGAUCGCCGUCUAGCUCUGAUCAACAGUAUCAAUAUCCAGGACCGACCCAACUUGGAGUGCUGUAUCCAUUUGGAAGGCGAUAUUGUAAACUCUGUGUACGACCACGCCAUGAUUUCCUGGGGUAACGCUUUCCGGUACAAACUGCCGUGCCUGUCCAAGCCGGCUUCUCACACGCCUGCCACUGAGUUUAUGCCAGCAUUAUCGCCAGUGGAGCGGAAAGAAGCAUCGAAGCAUGCGUUGUGCGAGUUGGUCGCAGGCGACAAGGAGACGAUGCGUAAUGAACCGAUCCGUAUGCGCGUCCACCUCGCCGAUUUGGUCGGCACGAUGAUGCAUGCGCGAGCCGGUGCGACAGAUGCCACCGACACGCCUACCACCAGUGUGCCCAGCGGGAAGACGCAGGACGAUAUUGUACGUCGCGCAGCUGCCAUGUGGCGAAGCAAAGUGCAUGUGCCUGCCCUCUCGACGUCGCCUGUGGCCACAUCGCCGGGCUCGGCCCCGACGUCGCCCACGCGGCACACCCUGGCUGAAAGUGCGAUGUGGCUGCUGGGCCGCGAUAGCAGUAGCAGCUGGAAUGUGGAAAUGUCGGCUUUGCGUUCGCGGCCUAUGGAUCCACACGAGGCCGAGUCGCGUCUGCGCUGGAUUUCGCAGAGCUUGAACUUUGCGAACUUGUCGCAGGUGCGCGGUUCGUUGGACCCUAACAAAAUUACCGAGAGCAAGGGCGGUUGGGAAGCGCAGCGACUGAUGGGCCUUCUUGAUUUUGAGCCUGUCAUCUAUCACACGGCGCAUGCCCCUGUCCCGAUUGCGCUGGUAAAUCGGCGACCCCAUGGCCGACCUGGCCACGAUGAUAUCCAGAACCCACAAGACGCAGCAUGGCUUGCUGGGUUCCGCUAUGCGAAGCACCACGUCUUCAUUCAGAGCCCGACGUUGAACGCGACGCCUGUCAAGCAUGCUGUUCUCGCGUGUGUUCGUCGUGGUGUGCGAGUGCAGUUGUGGCUGGAUUUGGGCUUCAACGACAAAAGUGAGAGCAUGCCGUUCCAAGGCGGUACGAACGAGCAGGUGGUUGUCGCUAUGUACAAAGCGCUGCGUCGUGAUGGCCAAGGCCGUGAGAAGCUCCUGGAAGUGUACUGGUACACUGGCAAGGAUAUGGACCGGCCGCUCAAUGCGGUGCGCAAGCAGCGCAAUUGCCACGUCAAGUUUGCCGCGUUUGAUGGCCAAGUCGCGAUUCUCGGGAGUGGAAAUCAAGAUACGCAGAGCUGGUUCCAUUCGCAGGAAAUCAACGUGAUGCUAGAUAGCAAGUUGAUUGUGGGCGAGUGGGUUUCUGCCUUGCGUCAGAACCAAAGCACGCACAUCUAUGGCCGCGUCGACCCUGCCACAGGAGUAUGGCAUGGUCGAUAUGGCAACCAGGUGAGCGAUACGGGUCGAGACUCGAUACCCAAGCCUCAGGGCAAUACGACGUGA